CUUGUAAUCCCCGACUUGUUUUUUUCCCUCUGGAUGCAGAAAGAACUCUCUUCGCAGACACGAGACAAAGAACGUCCCCUCUUUUUCGGCGACCUGUGCAUGCUCAUCAUUUUGCCUUUCUCUCGUUACGCAUUCGGCCUCCUGCAACUUUUCCCCAAACAUUCACUCUCUGCCUGGUUUGCUCCCUUAAACCCGGAAGAGAUUGUGUUCUUCUGCUUCUCUUCUCCUUCCUUUUCCUUUUAUCUCAUUUGCCUCGCGUUGUCAGCUGCUCGGCCCUCUUCACUUUCUCAUCGUGUCGCGUUUCCUCCGUUGCCUCAAUGGCGGCCGCUCCAGUCUCCAGUAUCUUUCCUGUCUCGCGUCUUCCGCAGACGCGCCAGGUUCUCUCUGGGAUGCUUCCUCUCCCAGGAAAACGUUCGUCGCUCCCCUCUCCUCUCUCUCCUCUCUCUCCUCUCUCUCUCGCUUCUUCGUUUCCGCUCGGUCGACUGAGGAGAGAUACCUCCGGAGGCAAUGCAUGCAGACCUGCGGAGGGUCCUCUCCACGUCCGUCCAGAGUCGAUUGGUUGCUUUGCAAGAAAGACGCCUUGCCCUACCUUUCCUCACUCUCAGCAGGCGAGGCUUUUUGCGACUGUCGGAGUCGGCGACAUUCGUCAAGGACAUAUAGUCGUCAUCGAUGGAAAAACCGUGGAAGUCACCGAGUGGCGGCAAAUCAAGUCCGGCCGCGGCGCAGCGUCUAUUGGGAUUUCGUACAUCGACCUCGCGACCUUCAAGGCAGGCGAAGCGAACUUUUCUGUGAACAAAAAGCUGGAAGCGAUUCAGCCGGAGAAGAAGACUUUCCAAGUCAUGUAUGUUGACGAAGAGAACGACGCGGUCGUCUUGGCAGAUGAGAAUUUCGACGAGGCGGAGUUUCCCCUCAAGCUCUUUGGAGGCUCGUCGGUGAUUCCGUUCCUAAAACCGGAAUUGAAAGUUGUUGCUUCGCUCCACGACGGAUUGCCAAUAAAAAUUUCUCUCCCGCCUGCCGUUGUCCAGCAACUGAAGUCAAAGAAAUGAGAAAAACAGGGGAAGCGACGGCUUCUCGCAGGCUGUGGUUCCUCCGCUUCCCAAUCACUGCUGUCUCUGAUCAAAUGCACUGCCUGAAUCUUUGCAGAGGCUUUUAAACAUUCAUAAAGACUUAUAUCGAUACCUCAUGCAUAUACGUAAUCCGUUUUAGAUGCACCGUGCCGUCUAGCUAGCUGCAGCGAGCAGCGCAUGUAAGAUGCGUAUAGGCCUGGAGUCCCACGCAGGCUUCGUGUAGGUAAAUGGAGUUAUUUUUGUAGACAAAUGUGUCAGUCUGGUGUGGGUAGAGCGCAGAGCGAAGGCUGAAACUGUACAUUCUUUAUGCUAGCCGCUGGCGUCCGCGCUGGCAUUCCGGUGCUCCUCUUUGCGCGACGAGAGCCGACAAACAGAGGUUCAAGCUGACUGUUUUCUCCGAAUAAACCGACAAUUAAAGAGACAUUCUCAGUAUUCUUUUCUGUCACCCAUUUCCUCCGAAAUUGCGAGCUCGGAUUCCUUAUGUUGUACGCUCACCUUUCAUUUGCAGACACAAAGCCUUCAGAGUUCUCGUCUCUCGUCUGUGUUUCUUGGCGUCGUGUCCCCCGCUUUUUCUCCCGUUCUUGUCUUUUGAAAGACUUCCUUUGUGUCUGCGUCUCACCCCACCACUACGUUAUGUCUGCCUCACCCGGAGCACGAAGCCACGCGUCGUCCUUUCCAAUAGGGAACAGCAGGGACCACACUUACACCACAGAUGGCCACACAUUCGCACGCGACACAUUAUGUUCUACACGAAAAAGCAAAACCAGCGCGUCUUCUCCGUCAAAGGAACUUGCAGUCACGUCCAUGCCUAACUGUGCGCAUCGACCGACAUCAACACAUCUGGAACAACACCUGCACACCUUUAUUUAUACAUGUUUGUGUUUUCCUCACUGCAGUCGACACCUGUAUGCAGGCACAUAUUAGAGAAAGACAACUUCCAAGAGAGGCGGAAUCGGUCGCCAUUUCGCGUUUGCGGAUAGUCAGGGACCCUAAGACCUGCAACGCAAGCGUCGACGAACACCUGCCAGGUGUACAGACACCCUCACAAACUGCUUGCCUUACCAGAGUUUAAAGGCAGACGUUGGGAGUCUGUUUCCACGCGGGGCCGUUCAACUGCACAGACGCCGACCAUUGCUGCCGAGCUACUUGUCCGAUGACAGUCUCACACUAGACGAGCUCGAGUCCUGCCUGAGUUGCGCCAAUGAAACUGUGGAGAAGCUUCCCGGAAAUGGUACGGACCCGAAACCGAGACUGCGCGUAGUUCCAGCUGCGGAACGCCACUUUUGGGUGCAAGACAACCGCCGCUGAAAAACGAAGAAGCGCGCGAGACACCCUGCAGUCACCGUGCCGAGGCCUGGGCCCUCUCGUCCGACUGAGGAACCUGGAUUAGCGAUGUGCAUGCAUUUUGCCAAGUCCCUAGUGCAGCCCCGAAGGCGGAAUGAGGAAAUGAUGCAACGUGGCAGAUUUGACGCAUGGUGUUGUACGAAAAGCAGACGGAUUCAGUUUGCAUGUUUCAAGAAAGACAUCUGCGGAGAACCGCGCCAGAAAGUUUCGCGGCUAUUCGCUAACAACGGGCUUUCCAGUCGGCGCGCAUGCAGACGACCCAAAUCGCGGAAAGCACAACGGCUGAGCUUUUGUUUCUCUGGUCCGUCCAUGUUUUUGCCACGGUGCCACAGUAAGGGCGUAGAACAGCCUCUUUCUUUAGGGCAACAAAAUCCGCGAGGGUAGUCCUCACGCGAAAGUUAAGCCGAGUUGCAGCGGAGUUUCCUCUGGACCGGCACGGCGAGUCACGCCGUACAACGGACGGUGACGAGAAACUCGGCUUCAGGACACAACCUCAUGGACACUUUGUGCACAUCUGCUAACGCAAAUAGGUACGUCCUUUCCACUACAACCAUAAAUAGGAAGGUAUGUGGGUCCUCUAUCCACACGGACCGAUGUGGGCUUCCUCCUUGUCUUGUGCGUUGCCCUAAAGUUACCGCGUCGCCGCUGUUCUGUGGUGCUGAGAGGGAAGCAGAAAGCGAUGGAUUCUCUUCCUCGAUGGACGGCUUCGUCGGCAUUCACAUCUCCCAGGCCGGUUCGGGACUACAGGAGAGGCAGCAGGCACCACAACUGAGGCGAAAGACAGCAGACUUUUCUCUUACAUCUGCGUCUGGCCUGCCUUCAUCGUUCUCCCUUCCCCUUUUCUUUCUCUCUUUCUCUGUUUUUCUGAUUGUCUGCUGCAUCUAUGGUCUCCUCAGAUGUCGCCUUCUACUACCUCUAAGUUUUCGUCUGCACCGUUUUCUUCUCACAUCACACGGUUAACGGAAAAUCGCAGGCCACUUGAAGAGGAUUUCUCGUUUCCUGGCCAGCCCGCGCCGGCCGCCG